GUGAGAAUGCCGUUCAAUAAAAUUAAUCCAGAUUUACAGAGGGAGCGAGAUAAUUGCACUUUUAAUGUUACGGAACUAACAAAUUUAUUAGAUGGCGGUCCUCAAAAAACUAAGGAGAGAAAACAGCGAGAGGAUAUGGUAUUUAAUGAAGGUGUCCAUAAUGAAUCUGUGCCAGGGAUGUAUUUGAGCUAUAAGGAGAAAUAUGAACUAGCUAUAAAAAAAUCUUGUGCCACAUUGCUAAUGAUCAAGAAAUUACAAGAGAAAGGAAAGGCCGGCCUCGACAGCUAUAUAGCCCUUCUAGGAGGUUCUUUGGCAACGGCUAUUGUCGGCGAUGGCAACCCGCUGGCUCUUCACUAUAUCAUGUUUAUACCCACCAUUAUGGGACAAGGGACAGUAGAACAGCAAGCCUACUGGAUGAGUAGGGCUAUCAAUUUGGAUAUUAUCGGUUCAUAUGCCCAGGUAUCUUCGUAA